AUGGACGCUGAAAAUGCACAAUCUCCAACGCCUUUGGCUCUAGGCGGACUCAAAAAGUCCAACUCAACAGCCUCCACGGGCGCCCAUUCAGCAAAGUCUCACACUUCUAUAUCAGUACUUGGUGCACACCCCUACGGCUCCCUUCACGUCCUCGGCAGCCAGUCAAAUCUUUCUACCGCACACGAGACCCAUGAGACUCUCACUCAUUCCAUGGGUGGAGGAGACGUAUUGCUCAUCUUGGACCUACCUGAGGUAUCUCUUGUGGGAUACGACGCCAUCUCGUUUACCGCCAAGCACUUUGGCGGCCUCAGGGAUAUCCCAGCAGGGCCGCAUUUCUUCUGGGUAACACAUCCCGAUAGCGGCUCUGUCCGGACCGGGUUCUGGAUCAUAUCAUCCGGUAUCAACCAAACUCACGUCUUGCAAUGGGACAAAUUUACCGAAACCAUUCUUGAGCCGUCGCGGGCAGAGGCUCGGAUCCAAGCCGAUAAUCUCGAGAGCUUCCACGAUAAGCUGGUGCCCUACCAUGACCCAUCAUCAGUCAACUCAGACCCGAUCAAGAUGGAGAGCUCCGUCGAUCAGGAUUCAAAAGAGAAACUGAGAAUGUGGAAACAGCUGACUGCAAGUGUCACCGAAAGAGUGCUCAACCGCGUCACUGGACAACGGGCCAACAGCUGGCACGUCGACACGACAGACCGCGUCAAGGGAGCUGUGCUUUUGGCGGCAGAAAUGGAGCUCGAAAGGCGAUUGUCAAAUCAUCUGCUGCAGUCAAGAGAACUCAACUUUAGCUUUCCACAGAGUUCAAAAACAUAUACCGCUGAAUCCCUGGGGGCCGAUCGAACCCUAGCGGCUACGGAUGCGACUCCCUACAUGGAGUUCAUUAUGACUGCUCUUGGCAAGGAGUUGACUGACGACGAUGUUGUUGGCGAAUUACAGUUUGCGUUUAUUGUUGGCGUGCACCUUGGGAAUGAUGCUUGCAUCCAACAGUGGUGGCAUAUGGUGGUCAAGCUCAUUCUCAAGGCCUACCUCUUGCCAGAGUAUCUUCCGAUCCUUGCUUCAAAGCUGCUACUGGCCAUUGCGUCACAGAUCCGCUACAGUUCUGAAUGGCUGGGUGAGUCUAUCCUGGACUAUGGUAGCUCAAACAGCCAUGAUCUGAGGCUUGCCCUGAUCGUCUACAAGCGGCGACUCGAAGAAGUCCUCGAGAGACUCGGCAAGGAAGCCACAAUCGACCAGAUCAAAGUCGGCAACUCGUUUGCCAAGGUCGAGGCAGAGGUGGUGGGCCUCGGAUGGGACCUGUACGGCGAUUAUCUCCGAAAGGGCAAGGUAAUGAUGGAGGACGGCGAGGAAGUGGAGCUGGAAAUGGCCGAGCUGCAGGCGGAGGAUGAGCGCGGCGAGUGGGCGCCAGAAGUCGUGCAGCUCGAUGAGCAGGGCCGCCAGACGGACUUGGUUUCGUGGAACGACUAG